AUGAAGCUGGUCGCUUUUCUUUGUUUGGUGGGCCUGGUCGCCUCGGAAGUCUUCCAAAUGCCCAUCGGGUAAGAUUUUAUGAGUUUUUGGAUGUCCCAUAUGACACAUAUCCACGUGUAAAUCAUUCAAAAGCGUCUCUUUUUCUAUUUUUCUGAAAAAAAAUCGUCUAACCAAGUAACUUUGUAGCGCUAUAGUGGUCCCUAUAGUGGCCUUUGAUCGAUCCCUCUAGGGACCACUUCACCGUCCCUUAAGGAGGGCACGGAAGAUUUCAAAAGUGGCCAUCUAGGGAAGCGAUAGUGAUCCCUAUACACGUUUUGAAACCUUUUUCUUUCGAAUCAUAACAAAAAAAAUUUAAAAUUCCAUUAUAGAGGCCACUUAAGCUUCAGGGGCUUUGGUGUCAGACCUUAUACCCUAUAGGUCCUACCUAAAGUUUAACUUUUAGGGACCUGUCUUUUCUUAAACCCUCUAGCGAGCCCUGAGGCAAUUGAAAAAUAUAUUUUGAGCCAUAUAUUAUUGAUCAUCCCAUAAACUCAUCGAACAACAUUAGGAAGUUGAUUUAUGAAUGAAAUGGGAAACAGAAAAGUUUGCUUAUUUUAUGAAUUUUUUUUUAGUUUAAAAAGUGACCUUACAACAUAUAUAAUUUGAUUAAUUUAGGUACCGACCAAACUUGAAGAUGAGACUUUUGGCGGAAGGAAAGCUUGCCGAGCACGUGAAAGCCCGAGACUUGCAGAGACAAAGUCUCCAAGCUUCCAGUACUCCGAUCAUCGACUACGAGGACAUGGCCUACAUGAGUUUGUUUUACAAUCUUUCACUUGGGAAGUAGUUUUUUGAAAAUGGUUAAGAAAGAAGUUGAUAUUGAAAAUUUAAAAAAAUACUUAAAAGAGGCCUAAAAGUCUCGGAAAAUUCUUCUCUACAGUCCUUGUAGAGUUUUUGAAUAUUCUUAGGGUUUUUAUGGCUUAUAUAAACGCUUGAAACAGUUACCCGCCUUAUGAUUUCUGAGAAGUCCCUGGAGGGGUUUGCAGUUUAAGGGAUCCUAGAGGGGGGGGCAAUUUAGUGUUCACUUUUUUCCGGCCGCUAUAGAGGUUUCCUUUUUCUUUUUAGUGGCCACUUCAGUAGUUUUCCAUCCAGUAUUCCUUCCAGUCUGACAAUUUUAAAACAAACAAAUUGGACCAGUUAUAUCGAUCCACUGAGCCCUAAAGUGGCUACUAAAAGGUUUUUAUGGUCUAAUAAUAGCACUUAGACCUCUAUAGUGGUCACUAAUCUUUAACCCCUUAAGUGGCCACUAAAUUGACUACCACAGUGGCCACUAAAACGUCAAAACCCUAUAGUGGCCCCUAAAAAUUUUCACAGUUUUGUUGAAAACCUUCAGCAAAGAUUUCAAUUUCAACACAACUUCAAGGUUUCAAAACUUUUCUUAAGCCCUAUUAUUGACUUUGAUGAGCGUUUUAGGUCUCGUAGUAUGGAAGUUGAGUGAAUUUGAUAAAAGAAUAUGAGACUUCGAUUCCUCUGAAUUUCAGCCCAAAUCACGCUGGGAACACCUCCGCAGAAGUUCGUCGUGUUCCUGGACUCUGGCUCGGCAAAUCUUUGGAUUCCCGACGCGACGUGCGCCGGAGGCAGUGACAACAGUUGCGGAACAUACUGUAAAUCUGUAGGUUCUUCAGAAAAUGCAUUGGGUUACGGUAGAGCUACAGGUACCGUAUGACUCGUGUAUCACUUUCUGUCAGCCGAGUUGCUGUACUCAGUCUCUGGAGAGUGGAGAGUCGGCGUGAGUUUAAUGAAUUUAUGGGGAAGAUAACGUUUUUUUGAGUUUUUGUCACUUUGAAAUUCUUUUAAAAUUUUUUUCACUCAUUUGAGAAAAAAAUUUUUCAUGAAGAGAGGAUGAAAUCUUCGUAUCAAAAUUGUUUUUUUAGAAAGUGAACCUUGUCGUUUUUUUGAGCAGUUUAUUAUUCUCUAACAUUUUUUUGAAAUAAAAACUUUACAGCUUCAGCUUCCGAGGGGGGCGGGGGUUAAAAAUCGCUAGUUUAUUUAGUGUUCAGUCAAGAUAGUUCUCGCGAUGAAAAAUCAAGAAAUUUCAUCUGAUUGACUUGAUCAUCAACUGAAUUUUGAAAAAGCCGUUUCAGAGCCGCCGCGAACGCUUGCGCCUCGAAACACCGCUUCAACUCGACCGUCUCCAGCUCCUACCAGAAGGCUCCCGGCGUCAUGGACAUGACCUACCAGACCGGCGAGGUCAAGGGCUUCUUCGGCAGCGACACUUUCUGCGUGAGUCCCUUCAGGUUUCUGAGAAUGAGGUCUGAAACUUUCAACUUGAUCAACUACAACUUUGGGCUUCUAGUUUGGUUGUUCGGUGUCGCUUCGGAAGUUCUUUUGAACCGCCUUAAAAACAAAAUAAAUGGUUGACUGAAAAAUGAAACAAGUCGGGCGGACGCUGAAAAGUUUCUUCAACCUUUCUUCAAAAAAUAUGAAAAAGGUUCCUUUUUACUACCCAUUUUUGCGCCUAUUUAUCAGCCUUUUUUGAUCAGCUUUGUUGCUCUUUUUAUUUUUUAGGCCUUCAAAAACCUGGCAAAAAUCAGAGACUUAGAAAGAGGCGCAAAAUGGUAUUUUUUAGCGGCUUUUUUGCGACCGUUUUUGACUUUUUCAACAGACAGAAGAGCCUCUGGAAGUUUUUGGUGGCCGGUGAAGUUUUAAUGAAAAUCGUCGUGUACUCUAGGACUCCAUAAUUUCGGAAAAAAAUAUAUUUUUUUACAUGUUACAUUAGACCUCUUUUUGACUUGUGACGCUUAAAAUCGCUUUAAAAUUGCAAUUUCUAGCUUCUUAGAAUUACCAAAUCAAAAUAAAAGCAAUGACCAAAAAAAACUUUUGGCAAGAAAAUUUCUGAUUCUAACAGCUUAUCACUUGAAAAUCCUGCUUUUUCCAAACCUCAAGACAAGCUUUUUUCUUUCCAGUUCCCCGACUCGACGGUUUGCGCGACCGCCCAGAUCUUCGGCCAGGCGACGUCCCUCGGCAAGGGCUUCACGUCCCAGCCCGAAGACGGCAUCAUCGGCCUGGGCUGGCCCGCCUUGGCCUACAACAGCAUCACUCCGCCGCUUUUCAACCUCCUUGGACAGUCCAAGCUCGACCAGGUGAGAGUGGCCUUCAUUGGGUGGUUGUAGCUGAUUCACGGCUGGCUUGAGCCUUCAAAAAAGGGCCCUGACACGAUCAGAAGGACAUUGGCCUCGCCUCUUUGCGUCCCAAGCUCGCCUUGAGCUCGACUUUUCUCAUUUCAAUACAACAGCUCAUAAAUACCAGACGGUUCUCUAGAAACUAGUUAUUCCGAAUUUAAGCCAAUCUUCGUCGUCUACCUUGCCGGAAUCGGUCCGACGUCCAGCACCAACGGCGGCACUUUCACUGUCGGCGGCUUGGAUACGGCUCACUGCUCUUCCGACGUCAACUACAUCCCCUUGACCUCUGCCACCUUCUGGCAGUACAAGCUCAGCGGGUAGGAUAUCAAAGUUUCUUCUUGACAUGAGAAGAUCUUCAGAAUCUCCGUGGGAAGCUAUUCGGCAGGUCCGGCGAGCGGCUGGCAAGCCGCUUCUGACACGGCGUCCACCUUCAUCGGUGGCCCCAAAUCUUUCGUCGACCAGAUCGCCAGACAGUGAGGAGUUAUUUUUGGUUGAGACUUUCCGUUUUGAUCUUGUUCAUUGGUUAUGGGGUCAUAUGUAAUGAAUAGGAAGAUGAUUUUCCGUUAUUUUCCUGAAAAUGAAGAAAACCUGCGAAUAAACUCCAAAAAUACGGAUAGACUUUGAAGUAACGUCUUGAGCCGAAUUUUAACUAUUUUUGACUCGGACCGGACGUGUCGGAGCAUUUCUAAUGACCACUUCAGUAGCGUCAAAACCCUUAAGUCAUCCCUAGAAUCGCUUAGAAACAUACGGGGCGCGUCCUGAAUUUCUUACCGAGGUCCGAGGCUGUUCAUUCGUGAUUCCAUAUUCGUAUUAAUCUUUAAAAGCGCGAAAAUGCUGUUUAAAAAUCAACUUUGCAACGGGAAAGGUCGAUUUUUACUGUCAAAUGCAAUGACGUCAUUCAAAAACACUCUGUGAAUGGCUCGCUCUCUGAUUGGUUUGUCGUGCCAUUAGGGGCGGAGCUUGAGCGACGACCUGACAUUCAAAAUCUGAACUGACUAUAUUUGAUCGGUGAAAAAGGCCUCUGUAGAAUCAUCAGAAAUCGGAGUGAAAUAAGUUGUUUCCAGAGUCGGCGCGAUCCACAUGCCGGAGUACGACGCCUACUUUAUCGACUGCAACGCCCAGUCUCCGGAUAUCGUCUUCUCGAUCAACGGCGUCGACUACAGAGUUCCAGCCUCCAGCUACAUCGUCUCGGUCAGUUUGGUCAUCUACAGACUAUUUUUCGAGGCUUUUUUUUUUAAAAAAUGAGCUGUAGUGGGCCUUUAAGGACCAUUUAGGGGGUUCUAUAGAGGGCUCAAAAAAGGUCAUUCUCCCGGAGAGGAGCUUUUUUCUCUCACUAUAGAACCCACUCCAGCUUUUCACAGAGAUGAUAAUAAAAUUACAGUACCGUCAGAAAAGAUACGAAAAGAUUUUUUGCUCAUACCUUUCUUGUAUGGAGAUCAAUCUUUUUGAACCUCUCUAUAGCUUUGUCUGCGUGUAAAACUACCACCAGAUAGUUACAAAUAUCAGUAAUCACAAUUCCAAAAAGUUCUAGAAAGAUCAAACUACAUACAAGAAAGCUAUGAUCAAAAAAGCAUUUUUUUUUGUAUCUUUUCUGACGGUACUGUAAGUUUUUGACGCUAGUUGGCAGAUUGCAAAAAAUUUCAAUUUUACUAAAAUUUCAAAUGCUAUUGAAAGAUGGGAAAGAAAAAAUACAGGCUAAGAAAGAGGCAAAAAAAAAGAAUAGACUGAUAAAAUUAGCAAAAAGGUAGCAUAAUGCAAUUUUUUUCACUAUUUUAGCAGACAUGCGGGCAGGCCGUUCCUUAAUUCCAUUAUUAGUUUGAAUUUUCGAGUUUUUGAGGGUUGAUGAUUUUAUUUUUUGUCCUACUGAGAUUCACGGUCCUUUCAAAAAAACCAAAACCUUUGAAAAACAGACAGAAAAGAGCAAAAAUUUGACCAUUUUCCAGGGAGGUCACUUUACUUUGCGAUUGGGAACUUUCGCAAUAUUCCCUAUAACACUCCUUAGAGUACCCAGAAAGGAUUCCAAAGGCUUCAAGUUGUAGAACUUCCUAGUUUUCGAGAAAAGAAGCUGCAAGAAAACGCUCAAAAUCUAUUAAAGGCAUAGGGGCAGUAAAAAAUGGGGUUUCAGGUGAAAGCAGUAUCUUAUAUAGUUUUUCUUUGCGAAUCGAAUGGUGUACUCAAAAAAAUACAGAUGUGACAACUUUAGAAGAAAAACGCGAUUUUACUUUCCCGCCUUUAUUUUUGAAAAAAGCUUUGGAUCGGCCUACGGACAAAUGUUUACAGUAGCCGUGAACGCGAUGUUGCGGACGUCUCAUUAGACUCGCAUUUUCUGAGAAAUAACCGGCUCUCUGCUUCAAAUUAAGGGUUUAUUUUCUGAAAAAAACGUUUAGUCAAACAAAAAACACACACCGAUAAUAAAGGAAACACAAAUAAUCGCUAUCCCAAUCGAAACCGAUGUAAAAUCAUCAUUUUUUACUAAAGAAGCAUUUUUGCGAUCAAAGUUUGCAAAUUAUACAUGAAUCGAAAGCUUUUGUGACGAAAAGAACUUUGGUGACAACAGAAAAAAUUGAAAAUUGAAAGAAACGAAGAAAAAAGCGAGAAUCCGAAAAAAAUGGCGGAGCCUGUUGUCCAUAGAGCGACUUUACUGCAAAACCCCCUUUUUCGCGGGAACUCAAACUUUCCUCUCUCCGACUUUGAAUAAUUUUUUCUUCAAAACUAGGAACUUCUGUACGUUUUCAAGUUCACCGUUCGAUUCGCAAUCAAAAGCUCUAUAAAUAACCGCUUUGAACUGAAACACCGUUUUUUACUGCCCCUAUGCCUUUAAAAUGAGCUAUUUUGGGACUUUAGACCCUUUGAGAACUAGGAAGUUGUGUAGAAUGAGACUUUCAGAAUCCAUUUCUGGUACGUCAAGAAGUGUUCUGACCAAUUUUCAGGAAACUCCAAAGUAAAAUGAUUUCCCUUGUCAAAGGAAACCUUACUUCAGCCAUAGCGUUCCCCUCGAAAAAGACAUAUUUAUUCAUAACUUUUCAGGCCGGACCAGGACCCUGCCUGCUGGCGUUCUACACGUUCAGCACCGGCGGCUUCUACCCGGCCUGGAUGUUGGGACCGCCUCUGAUGCGCCAGUACUGCCAGAUCCACGACAUGCAGAACACCCGGAUCGGCAUGGCUGCAGUCCUGCCGACUAACUGA